AUGGAGGGGAUUAAGGUAUUUGCACCCGAUCCCGAUCAUGUGUGGCUUCCGGGUGUUAUUUGUGGCACAAAUGGUAAAAAGGUUACAGUACGACUAGAUGACGUUGUUGGACCAAAAGAUGCGACUAUACGAGAUCGAAUCUCAUCUGAGCGUGAUAUUCAUGCUUUUGCUGGAUCUCAGCGUACUGUGGAUCUCUCUGAUGCGUCGGUGCUUGAGGCACUAAAUGCUAAGAGUACAACUAGCAACACUGUGGCAUCUUUACCUUUGCAAAAUAUGAGUAAAAGUGGCACAGGAUUUGAAGAUAUGAUUCUUAUUGAUCAAUUACAUGAAGCAUCAAUUCUUUAUAAUCUUCGUCAACGUUUUUUUCGUCAAUUACCAUAUACGUAUACAGGACGCAUUUGUAUUGCUGUAAAUCCUUAUACAUGGCUUGAUUUAUACUCGAAAGAAGUGAUGGCAAAAUUUAGUGAUGGCAAACGUGAAAAGAAACCACCUCAUGUUUAUGCAAUUUCAAUGGAAGCAUUUCUAAAUAUGCGACAAAAACAUGAAAAUCAAAGUAUUCUUGUUUCGGGGGAAUCUGGAGCUGGUAAAACUGAAACAACAAAAAUUGUCAUGAGUCAUUUAGCUGCACUUGCAACAAAUACGAAUUCCAAAGUCAUUCAACAGAUUAUUCAAGCAAAUCCACUACUUGAGUCAUUUGGAAAUGCCAAAACUGUACGAAAUGACAAUUCAAGUCGUUUUGGGAAAUUUACCGAAUUACAAUUUACGAAUGAAGGACAACUUCUUGGUGCACGAUCACGUACGUAUUUACUUGAAAAAAGUCGUGUGACGACACAAGCACAUGGAGAGCGUAAUUUUCAUAUUUUUUAUCAAUUAUUGGCUCAACGACAUCAAUUUCCCGAUUUGGAAUUAACUUGUGAAUCUUUUCAUUAUGUUACGGAAUUUGUCACUGCUCGUGAAAAUCAAGAUGAAGGAAAUUUAAAUCAAACACAAGAAGCUUUAGAACUUGUGGGAAUUUCACAAAAUUUACAACAUGAAAUUUUACAAAUUUUAGGUGGAAUUUUACAUUUAGGUGAAACAAAAUUUACGAUACGAAAUGGAGAUAUUGAUGCUUCACAAUUAGUUGAUCGAGAUCAUUUUACAAAAGCUUGUCGUUUACUUGGUGUACAAGUUGAAGCAUUAGAACGUGCUGUGUGUAAUCGCAAUGUUUUUGUAGGUCGUGAAGUGAUUUUAAAACCUAUGACUCAUGAUCAAGCAAGUGAUUGUCGUGAUGCAUUAGCUAAAAGUUUAUAUUCCAAAUUAUUUUUAUGGCUUGUGGAACAAAUUAAUCAAACUAUUGGUGUACAAACAACAACUGUUGCUUCAUUUAUUGGAAUUCUUGAUAUUUUUGGAUUUGAACACUUUGAAAUCAAUUCAUUUGAACAAUUUUGUAUCAAUUAUGCGAAUGAAAAACUACAACAAAAAUUUGUACAAGAUGUUUUGAAAACAGUUCAAAUGGAGUAUGAAGAAGAACAUAUUUCAUGGGCUCAUAUUACAUUUACUGAUAAUCAAGAUGUUUUGAAUCUGAUUGAAGGUCGUUUAGGUGUAAUUAGUUUCUUAAAUGAAGAAUCAUUACUUGUUACAGGAACAGAUGCAUCAUUUGCGAGUAAAUUGGGAGCUGUGAUGGAGAAUAAUCCAUUAUUAGAGACUCCACGUUUAAACAAAUGUGCAUUUUCAGUUUAUCAUUAUGCUGGAAAAGUGACAUAUGAUGCAACGGGAUUUCUUGAUAAACAUCGUGAUGCGAUUUUACCAGAUAUUAAACAAUGUAUGAGUCAUUCGACAUUAGAAAUUUUAUCGAAAAUGUUUACAGAUGAUGUCAAUGGAAGUCAAGUAACAUUACGUGGAUCAAAUACAAGUCGAAGUAGUUUUAGAAGAAGUGGUCAAGCUCAACCUCGUCGUACAACAGUUGGAACACAAUUUAAAGAAAGUUUAUCACAAUUGAUGGAAAAAAUUGGACGUACCGAAGUACAUUAUGUUCGAUGUUUGAAACCAAAUCCAUUAAAAAGUGCGCAUUGCUUCUCGCAUAGUGAUAUUGUCAAUCAAUUACGUUGUGCAGGUGUAAUUGAAGCUAUUCGUGUCUCUCGAAGUGCUUAUCCAAGUCGUAUGCUACAUGGAGAAUGUUUUAAAAAAUUUCGUGUCUUACUUACGGGUGGAGUGCCAAUAAAUACGACAAAACUUACAAUGGAUGUCGAAACGGAGCAUUUGAAAAGUCAAUGUGAAGAAUUAAUGGAACAUUUGUUACCUGGACGUAAUAUUCAGGAUUAUCAAGUGGGUUUAAGUCGUGUAUACUUUCGAGAAGGUGUUUUAGAAGCACUUGAGACCAAACGAGGUGGAUCCUUACGUAAAUAUGCAAUUGUAUUGCAAAAACAUGUACGAUCUUGGCUAUUAAAGCGUUGGUUUCUACGACAAAAACUGAUGAUGAUUGUCAUUCAAAAGUAUUGGCGUCGAUAUGUUAUUCAACACAAAUAUUUGACAUUACGACAUGGAAUUGUAUUACUUCAAGCACAUACACGUGGAGCAUUUGCUCGUAAAAUGUAUCGUGUGUUAAAAUUUGAUUAUUGUAUUGUACGAUUUCAAGCAUAUUGUCGUAUGCAUACAGAACGACAUCGUUAUUUGAUGACACUUGUUGCUGUUCGACGAUUACAAGGAUUCUUUCGUUUUUCGUUAUUACGUCUUGUAUUUUUAAGAAAGAUGGAAAAUGAAAAAGCAUAUAAAGAAUUGGGUUCGAAAGUCGCUCAAUUACAAAUGAAACUUGAUCGAAAACAAAUGCAUACAGGAGUGAAAAUGUCACCAUCAGGUAAAAGUCGAUCAUCUAGUCCCGAAACUCCUCAAACUUCAAUUAGUAGUACAACUUCAAAUGGCAAUUCAACACGUGGAUCAAUGUUAUCAGGUCGAUCAAGUGGUACAAGUGGAAUUCUUGAUGAAAGUCAUGAAGUCAUUACAGCACUUCAUCAAGAAAAUGAAAAACUUCGACAACAAUUAGAAAAACGAGAGGUGGAAAUUCAACGAUUAAAGACCGAGAAUCGAACAUUGAAAAAUUGGCAACAAUCAAAAGAAGUGGGUGAACAAGUUCAGAAAUUAGCAUAUCGUGAUCAAGAAAGUAAAGAUUUGACAUAUUUAGCAGCACUUGAAACGGAAUAUGAAAAAUUACGUGCAUAUAUUUGUGAAUCGCGUGAUUUACCUUCUGAUAGUGGGAGUAUCAUCCAAGCAACAUCACCACCAUCAAAUUCAACAAAUCGUGGAUCUCUUACUUCAGUUUUAUCGGAUAAAUCAGUGAUGGCUACAGCUGCAGCUAAUGGAAUUAUUGAUCCAAAAUCUGCUGAAGCUCAUCAUUUAAUUCUUAAAAGUGCUGCACGUAUUGCUCAUGCUAAGAGUAAAGUAUCAAGUAAAGGAAAUGCACGUCGUGUGAAAGAUCAUUGGGAAGAAAUUCGAAAUUUUCCACCUGCUAUGCAUUAUUCCUUAGGUUCAGUUCCUUGGAAACGUUUAUUAACAGAUUGGGCUCAAGGAAAUCCAAAGAAACUUGAUUAUAUGUCACGAUGGCUUAAGAAUGUACUAGAUGGUGGUCCAAUUGUCUCGGAAACGUUUCCAAUGGGAGUGGAACUUAAAUAUGUGACGCCAAUGAUGUUAGAUGGGUUUAUGCAACUUGUGAUUCCUAAAUUAGCAGAACGUCCAGAUAUUCAAGUUCAUGUUCAUACAAAAGAAUUUAUUGGAACAAGUAUGCGAAUUACAUUAUCACAAGUUGAACAAUUAAAUCCUGUACGUACAUCAACGUCACAUUUACGUCUUGAACGCUCACCACCACUUGAAGUCGAAGAUUUUCAACGGAUUUCAAUCCUUGCGAAUUCAAAUCGUACGAGUAGUCAAAUUUUGACAACACCUUUGAAUUUAUUACCUGUCGAAUCGAAUUCAACAGUUGCAUCGGGAAGUCCAGGUAGUUAUCGUUCAAGUAUUUUUCGAUCUGGUCGUGGCGCAAAUGAUCAUAACCCUCGUAACUCAUUCUUUCAUCGUAGUAAGUAG